UUCUUGGCAGUCUUGGCCUCUCCUUUUUGCUGUUGCUGGAGUUCCCUUGGGAAGAUUUCAGUUUAAAGCAUCUAGCAGCUCACUCUCUGUAAAGCAGACUGGGAUGUUGUUUAGGAAAAUGCUCUUUAACUGAACAAACAGAAAAAAAUUUUUGAGUUAACCAUAACUGUGACUUGGAGCUGCAAAUUACAUAUCACCUCUGGAGCCAGAUAAAGAACAUCUGGACAGCAAACACUCCACAGAGAGGCUUAAAGAAGAGCAGACGGCAGUGUGAGCAGUCAGAGGUUUCUCAGCGUUUGAGUCCAUGAUGAAGUCAGCCCUCGCUCUCCAGGCACUGCCCGUGCUGUUGCUGCUGGCCGGUGCGGCCCGUGCCCAGCCCAACUACAUCCACGAGGAAGAGUGGGUCAACACAUGGCGGCAGGGCUUUAACUUCCAGUGCCCACAUGGCGAAGCAUUAGUGGCCAUCAGGAGCUACUUCAGUGAGACAGAGGGCUCGGACCGCCUGUGGAGUUUCGAGUGCCAGCCGACGCCCUCCAGCCUGGGGGAGCCCACCGAGUGCUGGUGGGAUGAUAUCAAUCGCGCUGGAAUGGAGUGGUCCUCCUCGUGUACAAAUAAUGGGCUGGUGGCUGGAAUACAGAGUCAGUACUUUCCCUCAGUGCUGGACCGGGAGUGGCAGUUCUACUGCUGCCGCUACAGCCGCAGGUGCCCCUACUCCUGCUGGAAGACCACCGAUGUUCCAGAAUACUACAGGGAAGAGGGCGAAAUGGUCAUUCCCUCCUAUGGCUACUUCAUCAGGGGGGCUCAGACCACCUUCAGCGGUGUGCUCAGGGAUCGGCAGUGGAAGUACAUUGUGUGCAGGAUGACAGAUUUUGAUUGUGAAUUUCAGAACUUCUGAAGCGACCCCCAAAGUCUGUAAAGCACCAAACUUUUCAAGUGCACCUAGCCAUAUAUACUCUCCCCUCACAUUUAAUGUACAUACAACUUUAUAAUAAAUUACCCAAUUCAUUCCUUUAUCACUUUAAAAUUUGUGCACUGUAUACAUUUUAAGCUCCUAUGUCAUCAUUUUUUCAUUGUAUGUAAUCCUGCAUGAUUCUGUUCAUUUUGCAUCUACGGAACUGUGCAAAACUCAGAGACCCUCCCUCAUUUUUUAAAUCACCAUUAAAUAAAAGUCAUUCAUUUCUCUGCGUCAGGAAUUCCAUUCGUUUUCGGAGACUCAUUUAAUUUUUUCACAGAAAUCAGAGAUGUUUAUCCACAUCUCAAAAGUUCACUCAUAAAUUGGUUUCAUUUUCUGUCUCUCACAAUCCAAGUAAUCCCAAACACAUUCAGAAACACUGAGGUCUGGGGUGAUCAGUCCAUCUGAGAACAUCAGCAGCUUCUAUGUUUGAUUUGCUAAUUUUCUUCUUUUUUGUCUCUUUCUUUUUCUCACUAGAGGCUUGUUGAGAGACUUUUGCACAGUACUGUACAUAAUCCAUGUGACAUCAGCAUAAAAAUGCUAAAAUCUGAGAAAUUUACAUUCAAUCAUUUCUCUAUCUGCAUUUUUGCUGAUUUUCUUAUACACUCUUAAUGCCUUUUAUCCCAAACUAAGGCCCAAUCCCAUUUCACCCCUAUGAUGCCCUAAAUGUAAUUAAACACCAGCAGCAAGGUUGCUGAAUUUUAUUGCUCCUCUGUUAUCACUGCAGACUGGCAGGGUUGCCUACAGAGCACCGCUAGUAGCUUGUAAAUGUAGUAAUGUCCUUUUUUAUUUGAGGGUUGUCCCAUUUCGUAGGGGAAGAUUUCAACCACUACCCCUAGUAACUCAGUUCCAAGGGGCAAGGUGACACUCGAAAACAAGGGGUAGGGGUAAAAAUAAGAAAUGGGAUUGGGCCUAAGAUUGAGCCUUAGCUUAGACUAAGAAGAAUUUCCAGUGGUGGUUCACUACUGGCACUGCAGGUUAUGCUAAAACCUGGCUUAAUCAAUGUUUAGGAAUUGACUCUUUAUGUAACACUUUAUGCAAAUAUGCCAAAGAAAAAUAAUGUAUAUUGCAAAGAAGAAGUAGGCCUGACACCUCUAGCAUCCAUCUUGGCAAAGAUACACCCUAAGCUUUGUUAUAUUUUGUAUCAAAUGUUUAAGGUGACUGGAAAAGAACUAAUAAAGCAACUUUUUUAUUGGA